CAGCUUCGUAAAGCAACUGAAAAUUCCGUAUUGUCCGUGGGCUGAAUACCAGAGAAUUUCCUGCCCCGUCGCCAACCAAUUAAAUUGCGCGAUGAAUCAAAUCAAAUACUUGUCAUCAUAAUACCAUUUGUUAAAUUUAAUACAUCAAAAUGCAAAACAACUACGAGUGUCUGAUACACAUCUAACAAACCAAAGGACUGGAAACUCCUGUUAAACUGGAAGAUUCAGAAACUCCUGUCGUGAAUUCAUGAAUCAUUUAAAUUAACGGAAUGUUCUCUUACCUGGUCUGAUGGGACCAAUUUGAAAAUCCUAGCAGAACUGCAAGAAUUGAAAACUUCUGUCAUGAAUUUAUGACCUAUGUUAUACCUAGUCUUCUUAUACCUAGUACGAGGGAAACAUUCCCCAACGAAGAAGACAAUUCCCUUGUUAUUUUUGCAGAACCUGGUUGGUUCUGGCGAAAUGGAAGAUUUAGAAACUCCUGUCUUGAACACACUUUUACCGUGAUUCUUCCGGCUGAAUGGCAAAACUAUUCAUUUCUUUACCCGUAUGGUCCACGCAAAGAAGUUCCUCAUGGAAGUUAAAUUGUUAAUUUAGUACUAUAACAAACAACUACAAGUGUCUGAUACAAAUUUUGACAACCAAAAUAUUGGAAACUCUUGCCAAACUCAACGGUUUGAAAAUCCUUAGCAUGAAUUUAUAAACAAUCUUUGUGAAAUUUUCGUACCUGGUCUGGCGAAACUCUUUGAACUCGAAGAGGAAGAUCCCCUGGUUCUUUCGGCUGCAUGAUCAAAAUCAAAGUCUUCAUUUAGUGACCUAUGUGAUCCACGCAAACACCUUUCUAAAAAAAGCAACCCAAAGCGGUAUUAUAAUUAAUAGUAAUAACCUACUAAGUGACUUAGCGUUUGAUAUUUUUCCGUACAAUCGGAGCAGUCGACGUUUUUUAUUAAAUUGCAUUGUACAUACGUUCGCAAAAACGUGAAAAACAUGGUCACGCAAGUGUAAAGUGCAACUCCGGAAUCAAUUGCAAAAUUUUGGCAAUUGUAAAAAUUAUCUCUUUGUUAGUAAAACUACUAUACAGCAUGCCUUCUAAUAGAAUACGCAGGGCCGUAGCUAAACGCGAUAAUGGGGGUGGGGGUAUAUUCAUGUAUUCCUGUUCACAUAUCGUGAAAACAAUCGCUUUCAAAAGAAAUCCGUUGGGCAAAACGCAAUUCUACCACAGAUUCUACCAAACCGUAGUUACGUACUUCCGGUUAACAUGAGAUGCACGCUGUGUGUUGCCAUGAGUCAGUACAAGUUGUGUAGCCAUGAGACGAAGACGUUUACUUGGUUGACUGUUAAUUGGACGUUCUUUAAUUAUUAAACGCGAGUGUUGGGAACUUUUUUCAGGUAAUUAUUUUCCAGUUUAUUUGCUUUAUUUGUUUUUAUGCUUCAGGUUCUUUUUAAAAUUGUGCAAUGGAAUACGAAAUUCAUUAUUCAAACGAGUGCCGUAAUAGUGAGGCGGAUAUGUGUAAAAUUAUUGUUCAGUAGUUCCCGUUGAGGUUAAAAGCAUCAAACUUUUACAAUUGAUGUAGUUUUAUUUGCUUAAUAGAUAUUUGAAGUGGGGCCAUGGAAACGGGUGAUUAGUGAUUUUCUUCUAUUGAAUUCUAUUAUAGCCAAAAAAUGUGAAAUUUUGUAUUCAGUUACAACAAAUAUGACUUGCAUCAUCAGAAAGCUUAUAAAAAAAACUGCAUAUAAGACGUUUAGACAGUUUUUUGAUUUCUGAAAUAGUUUUCGACUUAUAAACUGUUAAAAACGCAUUUUCAAACAUCGAAUAAUUAAUUAGAGAGAUAAUGUGCCUAAUUUACAGCACUAACCAUUUGAAGAAUAACAAAACUUUUUAAAAGUCUUUUAUGUAGUUUUUUACAAGCUUUCUGAUAAUGCAAGUUAUAUUAAUUUGUCGCAAUUGAAUUCAAAAUUUCACAUUUUUUGCUGUACUAAGUAGAAUUUAAUAGCAAAUAAUGCUAAUAUAUAGCAUCGUAACUCUCUAAAAAAACAGUUUCACGAUGGCCCCACUUUUGCAUGUCGUUCUACUCAUAAAAAGAUGCUACUGUGCAGAAUUUGGUGCUUUUAACCCUCUUCGGAAACAUCCAUGCACAUAUCCGCCACACUAUAAGGCCUUUAAAUUACUUCAUCGACACGAUAAAAUAUACUUGAGGUAAAGGCCUUACGAGUCGAGUCGAUGAAGUAAAGGCCCAACAAAGUACUCCUCAAACUGUCUGAGCAUGUCGUCUUUUAUGAGCGACAUCAUUUCAGACAUCAUUGUAGCCAUCGACUCUUUUAAAUCAGUCGUAUUAUCUGUUGUCAAAUCAACAGAUUGUUCGGUGUUUGUCUCGUCCGUCAUAUUCACUAGUCACGUCAUAUUCGUCGUUUUAGCGACGUUUUGGGAAAGACGAAAGUUUUAGAUUCCUAUUGCAAAAUCUAUAAAGGGAAUAAAAGUUAUAGUUUUCCUGCGUCUAUCUGCCAAAUUUGAGGCUAUCUUUGCGGCUUGAAGGGAAGACAGUUAUAGUUCCCUUGUAGACGCGUACCGAUCAAGCGUAACAAAUGCGCCAUACUAUACAUGGUGAAUAUCAAUUCAUUUCAGCUGUGAAUAUGACGGACCAGACAAACACCGAACAAUCUGUUGAUUUGACCACAGAUAAUACGACUGAUUUAAAAGAGUCGAUGGCUACAAUGAUGUCUGAAAUGAUGUCGCUCAUGGAAGACGAUAUGCUCAGACAGUUGGAGGAGUACUUUGCCGCUCCCGAGCCUGAGGCAAACACUGCCGAUGUUGAAGCAAACAGUGAUCAACCUUCACCCGAUGUGUCGGAUGCCAUCGAAAAUUACCUACAGAAUCCAGACCCUAAUUCGACGUCGAGUGCAUUUGACGAGUUAGCUGCUGAAUUUUCUACCGGGACCGGCAAUUGACGACAAACUGGCUAAUAUCAUAAGUGAUUUAGUCAAAGACACUUUGCGAAACUGGACGAGGUAAUCAAUAAAUAUCCUUAGCUCGCCCAAAGAAUUGCGAAAGCCCGGUUGUACCAAAAGUUAACAAAUUGUUUGGCAACAACUCAAGCAAAGUAUCCGAACGACCGACACUCACAUGCAGUGCCAUGCAGAAGUGUCAAAAGUUAUUUACCUCGGCAAUGUAUGCCAUUAUUGAAGCAUGUGGGAAAGCCACGGGUGAUGUUAGAACGAUUUUAACACACGCUCUGGUUUUAGUCAUGUCUGGCAACAGAUAAUUUAAUCUCAGGCGACGCGAGUUACUGCGGCCCAGCCUUAAUUCUCAAUAUACCACAAUCCAUAUACCAUAACCCCCAAAUUGUUUAGGGACGAUAUAAGUAAAGAAAUUACUGUAAUCAGGUGGCCAAAGCUAACCAACUUGGUAAUAAGCUUUCCAGUUCGCGGGCAACGUGGGCAACGAUAUCACCCGUAUGCAGGAUCACCAUCGCCAAACUACAGCGGUACUGGGCCCAUGAGAGGUCAUGACAACAGAGCUCCCGUUCCUCGCAGUUUUCCGUCUUUUUUCGGAGGCAGAGGCUCCUAUCGACGCCGACUGGGAGCCAAAAUGGGUGCCACACAGACAAAACCCAGUCGAAACUAAUCACUCCUCACCAGGUUAGUUAAAGGGAACAAAUAGAUAAAUUAGUUAAUAACACUGCACGAAAAAUUGGAUUUACCACUAUAGGAAACACAGAGUACGUAAACUUGUAGAUAAUGCCGCAUUUGCUCGUAAAUAUGAGCAAAUGCGGCAUUAUCUCAAGUUUACGUACUCUGUGUUUCCUAUAGUGGUAAUCCAAUUUUUCGUGCAGUGUAACCAACCACGUUUUGUUUGGGGACAGUUGAAGUUUCACGCAAAACAAUGGCAGGACAUUAUAUCCGGCCCCUUUGUUUUGCGUUGUGUUAGCAAUUGUGCAAUUGAAUUUGAUUAUGAACCUAUGCCAGCGAAACAUAUGUCAAAUCCAGAAUAUAAAUUUUCAUGCGCAGAGCAACAGGCCAUUGAUAGCGAAAUUGCGGAAUUUUUGUCAAAAGACAUUAUUAAACUGUCAAGAAACUGGUAA